ACAAGCCACGCCCCUCUUUUCCUGGCGCCUGCGAAUGGCGGUGGUGUUUUGGCCCGCCGGUGGAGCCGUAGCAACAGUCUCCUCGGGCGUCCGCAGCCGGAAAACCGGCUGUCCAGGAUUCCGGGCCGAGGUCCACGAUGUCGGAGCAGGAGGCUAGGCAGAGCGGAGGUUCCCCGGAGGCCAGCGGGGUGACUGUAAGCGACAUUCAGGCGCUGAUACGGCGCAAGGAGGAGAUCGAGGCGCAGAUCAAAGCCAAUUAUGAUGUGCUGGAGAGCCAAAAAGGCGUGGGGAUGAACGAGCCGCUAGUGGACUGUGAGGGCUACCCCCGGUCAGAUGUGGACCUGUACCAAGUCCGAACAGCAAGGCACAAUAUCGUCUGCUUGCAGAACGAUCACAAGGCAGUGAUGAAGCAGGUGGAGGAGGCCCUGCAUCAGCUGCAUGCCCGAGACAAGGAGAAGCAGGCCCGGGACCUGGCUGAGGCCCACAGGGAGGCCCUGGGCCUUGGCCUGGGCCAGAGCCAGGGCCUCAGCCUCCCUCAGGCCUUCGCCAAAGUGAACAGCAUCAGCCCCGGCUCCCCCGCCAGCAUCGCGGGUCUGCAAGUGGAUGACGAGAUUGUGGAGUUUGGCUCUGUAAAUACCCAAAACUUCCAGUCACUGCAGAAUAUUGGCAGCGUGGUCCAGCACAGUGAGGGGAAGCCCCUGAAUGUGACAGUGAUCCGAAGAGGGGAGAAACACCAGCUUAGACUCGUCCCAACACGCUGGGCAGGAAAAGGAUUGCUGGGCUGCAACAUUAUUCCUUUGCAAAGAUGAUUGUCCCUGGGGAACAGAAACAGGAAAGCAUCUUCCGUUGCCCAGACUUGGUCUAGUGGGCAUUUCCUCCUUUUCUUCUUUCCCUGAAGCUUAAGGAUCUGGAAGAGACUGGAAGCCUGAACUAGGUGGUGGAAAUGCUGUGGCCUCCCAAUGAAACCUCUCAGGAUUAAGGCAUUGUUAAAAACUUGAUUUGUAUUUAGCAUCUUUUGCAAAUCAGGCCAUGCCCCUAAAUAAGAGUCCUCUGGAUUGUGAGCAAGUGGGCUGGAGUUAUCCUGGCAGGUGCUGAUAUGAUUUUAUUCUUAUAGAAAUUUUGUUUUUUUUUCUCAAAUAAACACCAUUUUACAGUGCUGA